GCUUAUUUAAAAUCAAAACUUUAAUCCCCUAAAAAAAAAAAUCAAAACUUUAAUAUAUAUCUUGUAUACAUCUGUUGCGAGUGUAAAAUAAUAUUCUGAACUGUAAUUGAAAUCUUAUUAAAGAUGUAUUUUUGUGUUUGUUAUUGAUAGAUUAAUGUCUAGAAGAUUUGGCAGAUGUUAGAUUUUUUAUAAUACAUGAUCGAUAAUUUAGGCUCAGUGUUAUAAGUAGAUUAAGAAAGGGGGAAGAAUCAAAGGCACUUGUAAACUCAACACCCCAGGGGGGUUCCGUUAGCUGCUGCAUGUUUGUUCUUGUAGCUUCUGCUGUUAUCUUGUUGUUUCUUGUUAGUAUGAUGUUUCCAUAUCCCCUCCGGGUCCCUUGAAAUUAUGCUACCCGUUUGUAUUUUGUUGCUAGAAUAGGGGUAACAAUUAAGAGACAGAAAGAAACCUUGAUAUCUGGGGGCCACUCAAUUUACUACCCAUACCUAAGAAAUUAUGAUUUGGAUUUCGAAAACAUUUAUUAUGGUCGGGUUAGUAUACUUGUACUUAACUCAAGUAAGGCUCUUGAGUUCUAUAACCUCAUCAAUAACAGAAAUAAGGCUACUUGCAGCAAAACCUUUUGAAAUUAGUUGCAAUUUCUAGCUCUCAAAUGGAUCCUGAUCAUCUUCCUUGAUCUUUAGAUCUGUAAAUUCAGUGUUGAAGCUCUUAAGCUAAAGCAAUUGAAGUCAUCAAAAUUAAGGCUCUCUACGGAUUGGUUAGACUUAAAGUCCUAAACCUUGUGACUUUAAGCUUGAGUGAGAUAGUAAUUUUGUAUGUUGAACUCAACCCUUAUUUAUAAAGCUUAAAAACAAUAUAGUCUAUGGAGGACGCUAUAUUCAAAGUCUGAUCAUCUUAACUUGAGGCUCUGGGAGCUACAAAGGUUUGAUUUUUAGAUUCAUGUAUUUGAUUAUAUUUGCGAUCUUAUGGUAGAUAUUAGGAAAUUGUUUGCUGAAAUUCCGCCAUUUGCAUCUAUAUAUUCCUACAACAUUAACUUUAUGCCGGAAAACAAUUGGGAUUUGGAGAGUGAAAAAUAGGCCAACAACUCCAGUUUCUAUCUGAAAGAUCAAUUGCAGAAGAGUUAGAGAUAUGAACCAUAAAAAAUCCAAGAUAAGACACAAUGACAGUAGCCUUGAUAUGAUCAGUAAUCUGCCGACGGAUGUGAUAUACAAACUCUUGGAACGCUUUUCUCUCAAGGAUGCUGCACGAAUGAGUGUUCUUUCACAUAAGUGGCGAGACAUUUGGACUUCGAAUCCCCAUCUUGUUUUUGAUGAACCAUUUUUUGCAAGAGUCCUUAAACAGGAAGUACGCGACACUGAUAAAUUUUGCAAUGUUGUGAGCAAUAUACUCUUUCAACAUGAAGGUCCCAUUCUUAAGUUUUCAUUGUAUGUUCCUCCUGGAAUAUCCUCUCCAGAUGUUGCUCAGUGGAUAUCCUAUCUUUCAAGAAAUGGUCUUAAGGAUUUUAGCCUUUGGAACAUGUGCAGGGCAAUGCCUCUUCAGUUGGGCUCGCGUCUUUUCUCCUGUGUUGACUUGGAGAACUUGAAGCUUACUUGCUGCAUAUUCAGCCUUCCUCCUGAUUUCAGGGGCUUUCCGAAGCUGAUAAGCCUUGAGCUCGAUGCAGUCGUUAUAAACUACACCACUUUCAAAAAUCUAAUUGGCAAUUGUCCUGUACUACAAAAAAUAGUUUUAACAAACUUUACCGGUUUGCAGCACAGGCAUGUUAUCAUUGAAGCCCCUAACCUCAGAUAUUUGACUCUUGAUUGGGCAUUCAAGUCAGUUUAUGUGACAUGCUGUGAGAAUCUUGUGUCAGCGUCAAUUGGUUUGCCGAAAUUGGUCAAGGUUCAUAACAAGGCCAGUUUAGGUGAUCUGGUUAAAGUUCUUACAAACUCGAGUAAACUUGAAAGGCUUUGUUUAAGAAGUCACCUAUGUAGGAUUUUGUUUACAGAAUGUAAUCUUCGUACUGCCUCUCAGAAGCUGAGAAAUCUGGAUUUGUUAGACCUUCACUUGGAUUUUCAGGAUGAUGUCUUUUCUGUGUUUAGCUGUAUUCAGAGCUUUCCUAACAUUGAAACACUUAAAAUCUCUGUUCAUAGCAGCUCAAAUCUGGCUGAGCAUGUGUUGGACUACAAUGCUGACGGUACAUUACACAACCUCCGUUGUGCCAAAGUUCGACUUUUGGUUGCUUCUACUACAGAGAUGAAGUUGAUUGAGUUCUUGCUUGCUUGCUCCCCUGUGCUUGAGAAAUUAUUAGUACAUGCACCUGCCGUCAUGGGCUCGUCUCGCUUGAAGAUGUUACUGCAGUUAAAUCGGUUUCGGAGAAUAUCACAGAAGGUAGAAGUCAUUUGCCCAGUGUCUGAAGUUAUCACCUCAGCUUCUAGCUCAGAUUCCCCAUCUGCUGAAUCCGCCUAUGAUUCUAGUGAUUCAGAUUGAUAUCUAUAUAUGUUAGUUGUGGACAACGGAGUGACCGAUUAGUUUAUAGAUAUUAGAGUUAAAGGUCAAUAUGCUUAGGUGUUAUAUAUUCGAAUCAUGGACUGUUUCUUGGUGUGUUUGAUACUUUGCUACAAUUUUUCCUCAGGGUUAUAUAAUAGCACAGUAGCAUUUGCUUCCA